CAACAUUUAUUGGAUGCCAACGGCCUUUAAAUCUCAUCAAGAAGGACCAUAGAAGAAGUGAUUGAGGAGAUUAUUGUUAAAUUGGUCCAAGAACUUUGGAAUCAGAGUUGGAACGGAUGUAGAUUUUUCAGUGUGUACUACUACUUAACAUUUGACCAUUUCUGAUUUCACUCACACCUUCCCUAUCGCAACAUGAGUAGUACAACACAGAGGAAAAGAAGGACUGGAGUCCCCUCAAGUUCCAGACACACGGCCAAGAGUAGCAGAGUCACCACAACCAGUGUGCGACCUCGUGCUGCAGCUUCAGCAGCAGUCCCAGAGACCAUUGAUGUGCUGGAGAGCAGCAGGACUAGUAGUGAGGAGGUGGUGGACUUGACAUGUGAAGGUUCUGAGUUGACUGUGGUUGACUUGACCAACAAUGAUUCUGUGGUGGUUGUCGAUGAAGGGCCUCAUGGCAGACGUGAAGCUGACAGUGAGAGUUACGUACUGAGCAGUGAUGAGGAGGAGGAUACUAAUGGAGGCCUCAGUGCCGACCUCCUGUCCUCUCUACAGGCCAGCAGUAGAGCCAGGUCUACUCCAGGGACAGUCAGCUGCCCAGUGUGUAUGGACGCCUAUGCUGAGAUCAUUGAAAGUGGGAGACUAGUAGUCUCCACAAAAUGUGGUCACCUGUUCUGCAGUCACUGCCUCCGCGACUCACUGUUGAGAUCCCACACUUGCCCAACCUGUAGAAAGAAACUGACCCACAAGCAAUGCCACCCCAUAUACAUCUGACAUCAAACACCCAUAAGACUCACCCUCACCAAACCUGCAAGACUUUUAAUCAUACCUUCUCAUAUCACUGCCCCCUACUGGACUUAAGAAUCAUUUUUUACAUUUACAUACACAUCUGACCGAUGUCAUGCUUUUGUCUUUCUUCUGCAAUGAAAGAAGCAGGAGCAUAGGGACGCACUCUUAUGCCAGCACACAUUCACUUAGAUUUUUGCAAUUUUCUUCCACUGAUUCUCCUACUGCUCUCCAUUCAUUUAAUAGUGAACAGAUAAUUGUAAAGCUGCAUCCCCAGUAACAACAACCAAGAAAAGAACUAAGCUCAGAAUCAUUUUUUUUUUUUAGCUCUUAAGAAGUCACAUGUGAUGUUGUAUUGGUAGCAAUCACACGUGACUGGCACUCAAUUGCAAUGAGAACUCAACUCUGAAGUAGAAAUGUCUUUCGAUUUUUAUUGCUGCUGAGUAGGUGGGUGUCUGAAUGGUGGGUGUUGCUUGAAUUUGGUCAUCACCAUUGUAAAUAUUGUUGUAUGUUUUGUAUAUAUGGUUGAAUGACAAGUUGAUGUGUGCCUAAUCUGUAAGGUUCAAUAAAACAAAUGUAUGAUUGUAAA